UAUAAUUUAUUCGUUCCAACGUAAUUUAAAAGAUCAUCGUCAUUGCAACCCAAACAUUUCGGAAUUAGUGUACAAGUUUCUUGUCGCAAAUGAGGUUUCUGAUAAUACAGAACGUUGUCUCGCAAGCAAGUGUCGUUACGAUGUGAUCAGAAACAUCACGAUGAAAUUGUAGAUUCUACUUCGCGUACUAUCGGCAGAAGUAUAGGCUACAGAGUAAGGCAAAAGCAGUAUAAGAACGAUGGUAGAAUUUCAAAAUUGUAUAACGUCAAACAAAAUUCCAUCUUCAAGGAUUUGCCGAUUUCACAUUUGCAAAAAUGCGUAGACAGCCAAGGUACAAAAGUUAAAAUAAUAUAGACGCUAUAUAUACACAAGUUGAACUGCAAUGACAGUGAUAAUCGCGAAAGAUAUAGCGAAACGCUACGAACCAUUUAUUACUUUUAUAAAUGUCCCGAUAUGCUUGACAUACUAUCUAGAUAUACUACAUAAAAUUUCAACUUGAUUUCGAUAACAGUUCUAUGUUAUAUUCAGCAUUAUAUUUGGUAAAAUUUAUUAUAUUUUACGUAUGUAGAAUCUGUAUGUACGUAAGUUAUCUAAAUAAUCUAAAUAAUCUCUUUCUUAUUUUGAAUAAAUUUCAUUAACAAUUUCUACGAUAGGCAUGAAAAAGGCGAAAAGAUAUAUAAAAAGUGCGUUGGAUUUUGGUGUAGAAUCCGGCUAUCUUAUCCCUUCUGAUCCCACAUACAAGAUUCUACGUGUAUCCUCGGACUUGAUGAAAAACUAUUUGCCAAGGAGCAAGAUCAACAUGCAUGACCCAUCUAUCCCAGCUAAGAUUCCCAGCAAUACUAAUACUAAUACGAUUACUAAUACGAUUGAAAAUCUCCAAGUGCAAGAACAAGGAAGAAAGAGAGGAAGGCGAGAAAAGCGUGGAAAAGGUCAAAGAUCGAAAAGUAGUUCGAAAGUAUAUCAUAGAAGCAAAAAGAGCAAAAAGGGAAGGAGAAGAAGCAGGUCUCGCAGCAGAGGACAUAGAAACAGGUAAUUAUCAAAGCAUCGCUCUAAUCAAAUUAGAAUUUAUAUAAUGUAAUAUAAUUAUAUAAAAAAAUCCGUAAAAUAUA